UAUUGCAAUGCUUGAAAAUGAGGCCUAGGGUUCAUACUUUCACUAGUGCAAUCUCUCAACAAUGCUAAUAUAAUUGGAUCAUAUAACUGAUAAGCACAUUUCUUGUACAUAAUUUUGGCAUACAAAUAUACCAUUUGUUGAGUUCUGACCACCAAUUCUUGUUUUAAAUAUAGAAUAAUUGAAUGAAAAUCAUAUAAAAGGAUUGUUGACUAGUCACUUGUUUAUUUUGCAGAAAAGUGUGACAAGGCACAAAAUCCUUCUACUACAAAAGAUCAAGUGAUGGAGUCAAGGACCUGAGCGAGAAGAAAAGAAGUUACCAGGGGCAAGCUGAAGAAGUGGGAGGAUCUUCUUGUGAAGAAAGAAGAGAAGUAAGAGGGCCAAAUCACAAAGUGCGGAUGAAAGGAGGGGAACAAACUCCCUUAGGCGCUGGAGGAACCCAAUCGGGCCUGGCACAUCUCUCUCUCCCUCACCCCUCCUUCUCCAACUCCGGCCGCCGCCAUGGCCAGGCCGGCGUGGUGGUCCACCUCCGUCACCCAUCCAUCCACCAGCAGCCUCCAUCCACCACUCCACUAGCGCCACCAUCUCCAGCCACUGCCGCCAUCAGCACCAAGCGCCUCUCUCCUCCUUGCUGCCCCGAUCUUGCUCCUCUUCUCUCUCAACGUCCCCUGCUGCUGCUCCUUCUUCCAUGCAACCUGCUGCUGCUCCUUCUUCCUAUGCGCCCCUGCUGCUCUUUCUUGCGCCGAUCUGCUGCUCCUCUCCACGUCUCUGUUGCCCCCUUUCCCUUCCUGCUGCUGCCCUCUUAUCCCCACUUCCUCUGCUUCUUUGCUUCUUUUCUGAACCAUAAAACUGCUGCUGCUUCUCUCCUCACGCCCCUGCUCCUUUCCCAACCUUGCUACUGCUCUCUCUCUCUCUCUCUCUCUCUCUCUCUCUCUCUCAAAUUUCUGUAACCUUCAGAAGUGUAAUAAUCAGUACUAUGCAAUGUUCAGUUUUGAUAAGUGUAAUAUCCUACUGUUUGGUUCAGUUUUGAAGUUUAAUAUAAAUGCUUGAUUAGUAUGUCCUGACUAGUUGAUACCUUAUCACUUUGAGAAGUAUUUGACCUGUCAUACUCUGUUUAGUGAAAUAGUAAUCUUCAUAUGUGUGGUGUCCUGUGAUAUAUACAUAUGUGUGUGUUUGUGAUGUGAUACAUAUAUUCUGUCCUACAAGCUUGUUUCUUCCCUCUGUUCAUGUUUGAUAGAUAUAUAUGUGUCCUUGUCAUGUUAUGUUCAUGUCCUUUCACUUCUCUUGUCAUUGAUGUAUACUCGUAUUAGUAUUUUAACUUAUCAAGCAUUACGAAAAUACCAAAAAGAUAAUGAGUAAAAUCUGAAUCUCCCUGUGCUCUUUGCAUUUUCUUUGUCGACGAUCUUUGGGAACGACCUUAGUUAGUUUAGGUUUUAUUUUCUGCUUUCAUCGCCCUAUAUCGUGUUACCUAGCUUUAGCCGAGUGUAGUCGUCGUCGCCUAGUCCCUGUGGGGAACACGACACUCGCAGUUCGGGCGAAAUAUCCCGCUGUACUUUCAAUUGAUCAUUUUGGCGCCGUUGCCGGGGACUAGCGUCGAACGAUUGUGUGAAGCUAUAGACUAGGCUUAGUAUAGUUUUUGUUUAAAUUUCGAUUCAAAUUUAUUUCUGUGCUUCUUUUACCUUUUUACUUUUUGUUGCUUCGGCUUAUUAGGAUACUAACUUUCUGACUAGUGUUUACUGUUUAUGAGUGUUUGUAGGAAAUCUGAACUAAUUGCAGGUUGUUCUAUAGUUACACUCGGUUAAGAUGGCAUUGCUUCGUGAUCUUUGGAUGCCCAAAAGUCAGUGCUAUAUCACAGGACCGAUUUGGCCAACUAUUGAGGCAGAGAACUUCGAGCUGAAACCUAGUCUUAUUGCUUUGGUUCAACAACAACAGUUUGGAGGACUGCCUACUGAGGAUCCCUAUGAGCACUUACACUGAGUCAUGGAGUAUUCAGAUACAGUCAAGUACCAUGGAGUUCCUCAAGAUGCAAUCAUGUGCAGGUUGUUCACAUUCUCUUUCUGUGAUGAUGCUCGUGCUUGGUAUCGAUCCUUGCCAUCAAGGUCAUACAGUUGGAAUGAGAUAUCACGAGCUUUCUUGGAUAGAUAUUUCCCACUACACAAGCAGUCUGCGAUUCGAGAUGAGAUCUUCAAUUUCGUUCAACGUGAAUACGAGAGCUUGUAUGAUGCUUGGGAGAGAUACAAGGCUUUAUUCAGGAGAUGUCCUAACCACGGGCUUGAGAGAUGGUUAGAGUUGCAGAUAUUCUAUAGAGGAUUGACUUCGGACACUCGAGCUUACGUCGAUAUGGCAGCGGGUGGAGCUAUUACAAACAAGACACUUGAUGAUGCUUUUCUGCUGAUUGAGAGUAUAGCCUUCCACCAACUUCAGUGGUACAAUGAGAAGCCCAUCUCUGAUUCAGUUGCUUGUUUGCAACAAAUCACUUCAUCUCAGCAAGAAUCUCUUGCACAAAAGUCGGAACCAGUUUCUCCGUGUAACAAGAUUGAGCUUUCAUGGAUUAUCUUUGAUGAUGAUGACACCAUCCUAGUUGACACACACACUUCAGAUCAUAUGGAUACUAGUGUUGGAGAUUUAGUUUUGCAUUGUGAUGAUUCUUCCAUGGAUGAGCCAGAGCUGCAGUUAGUUGUUUUUUAUAUUGAGGAGUCACCUUUAGUUGAUAUUGAUCAUGUGCUGCUAGAGCCAGAUAUGGAGAAGUUCACCUUUGAUGACAUUAGCCACAUUGAUUCCUCAACACUUGAGCCUGAGAUGGAAACCUUCAUUGUUGAUUAUGAUGAGGUUGAUCUAGAUGUCAAGAAGCCAAACUCUAAUAUUUCACUUGUUGACAUGAGUCCGGUGGAAAUUUCUACUACCACACCUCACUUGGUAUCUUCAAUUGAGGUAGUCCUGAAGUUUCUUCCCAAGUAUCUCAGGUAUGAUAUCAGCUUUCUCGACAAGAUAUGCCAUAUCAUGGAUACUGCCUAUGCACCAUGCGAUUUAUUGAUGAUAUCUAUUUAUCAUAUGUUCAAUAGAUAUGCUUAUGUGAUAGGAUACUCUGUUGAUGACUUAGAGGGCAUUGUCCCUAUCAUUUGUAUUGGCUUGGUUGUUGAGUGUUCUUUCAGGUUUACGCUUGUGCACCAUUCAUUGCGGGCUGACCAAGUUCGAGAUGACAUCCUAUGGGAUCCUGGUGGAUUCACGACAUGGUGAUGAGGAGAAGCAAUGUGCACACAUGAGGAAGAGCGAAGCUGGAGCAUGUAUGAGGAAGCAAAAGGAGAGGAGCUGCAGUUGGUGAGGUGAUCGAGCGAGUGCUACAUCAUCAAAGCCUGAAAAGUGUGACAAGGCACAAAAUCAUUCUACUACAAAAGAUCAAGUGAUGGAGUCAAGGACCCGAGCGAGAAGAAAAUAAGUUACCAGGGGCAAGCUGAAGAAGUGGGAGGAUCUUCUUGUGAAGAAAGAAGAGAAGUAAGAUGGCCAAAUCACAAAGUGAAGAUGAGAGGAGGGGAACAAAAUCCCUAGGCGCUGGAGGAAUCCAAUCGGGCCUGGCACAUCUCUCUCUCCCUCACCCCUCCUCCAACUCCGGCCGCCGCCAUGGCCAGGCCGGCGUGGUGGUGCGCCUCCGUCACCCAUCCAUCCACCAGCAUACCCACCACCAGUAGCCUCCAUCCACCACUCCACUAGCGCCACCAUCUCCAGCCACUGCCGCCAUCAGCACCAAGCGCCUCUCUCCUCCUUGCUGCCCCGAUCUUGCUCCUCUUCUCUCUCAACAUCCCCUGCUGCUGCUCCUUCUUCCAUGCAACCUGCUGCUGCUCCUUCCUAUGCGCCCCUGCUGCUCUUUCUUGCGCCGAUCUGCUGCUCCUCUCCACGUCUCUGUUGCUCCCUUUCCCUUCCUGCUGCUGCCCUCUUAUCCCCACUUCCUCUGCUUCUUUGCUUCUUUUCUGAACCAUAAAAUUGCUGCUGCUUCUCUCCUCACGCCCGUGCUCCUUUCCCAACCUUGCUGCUGCUCUUUCUCUUUCUCUUUCUCUCUCUCUCAAAUUUCUGUAACCUUCAGAAGUGUAAUAAUCAGUACUGUGUAAUGUUUAGUUUUGAUAAGUGUAAUAUCCUACUGUUUGGUUCAGUUUUGAAGUUCAAUAUAAAUGCUUGAUUAGUAUA